ACUUUUGUUAAGACACCGGUGAAGAAAAUAAUUAAUUUCUCAAUAAAAUACCAAAUUUAAUCGCUGCUUGUCUCGUUAUCAAUGUUAUUUGUAUUCAAUUAUCGAGUUGCUCUUAUUAAACAGUAUACAUUCAGUGUAUGAAUUUCUUUAAAAUCAUAUUAACUUACACGAACCAAGUUAAACAGUGCAGCAAACUUAAAUUAUUAAAGAAAAUAAUGGGAUCUGUUAAAAAGGGCCGAGAGUUUGCGAGUGAGUUCCACGGAAAUGAAAAUAUAGAUGGAGAAAAACUGAUUUAUCCAGCUGCUUCAAGAAAUCAAGAACCCAUUCUCCAAGUUUUGAAGAGGUUUGUCAUAUGUGAUGUGGACAGCAUUGAAGAUGACAGCCCUUUAUUCCUAGAGAUUGCCUCGGGUUCCGGUCAGCAUUUAGCACACUUUGCUCCAAAUUUUCCUGGAGUAAAAUUCCAGCCUUCUGAGUAUGACAAGAGUUUACUUGGAAGUAUUUCAUACUAUGCAAAUAAUUGCCCAACUAAAAACAUACUCCAGCCAAUUCACAUAAACAUUUGUGACAGUUUAGCAAGCCAUUUUGAGGCUAACAGCAUUGACUAUAUAUAUUGUGCUAAUAUGAUUCAUAUCAGCCCCUAUGAAUGUACUUUAGGAUUAUUUAAGAAUGCUGGUUCAUUUUUAAAGUCAGAUGCUCUAAUGAUAACUUAUGGUCCUUACAGUAAGGAUGGUGUAAUAACACCAGAGAGUAACAUCCAGUUUGAUGCUGGGUUGAGGGCCAGAGAUCCGUCUUGGGGACUCCGUGAUAUAUCUGAUCUGAUUAAAUUAGGUGAAGAAAACAAUUUAUCCCUUAUAGAUACAAUAGAAAUGCCAGCUAAUAACAAAUCUCUGAUAUGGAAGAAAAAUUAACCACAAUGUUUUGACUCAAUACUUUAUUAUUACAUUUCAGGGGAAAAUUCAAAACUGCUGUAGUAAUGCAUUUAUAAUUAGACUUAAACUUAUUCUAAUAGCAUAGU